AUGGAGACCGAGCCCCUGUUGGGGGGACUGAACGGAGAGAGUGCCUCCUGGUUCGGGAGAAGAGGCCGGGGGCUGUCCUACUCUGUCGCCGGGGAGUCGUGCAGCUUCUCGGGGAGUGCAGCCAACAAAGCUCACAUACCAACUGAUGAGACAGCUAAAGCGUGGCCCAUUUGGAAAAACCUACAGACAGAGAUCACGCCAUUACAAGACUGCGAAGUAGAGAGGUUGGUUGGGUAUAACUGCUCACAAGCUCUCCUCCCACGAGAAGUUGUGUCAGGCAAAGAAGACGAGCCUUAUGCUCAGCGUACUGACCUGUGA